AUGAAUUCUUCAACAACUUUGGAUAUUGAAGAUGAUUCCUCGGAAUUUUUAUCGAUUCUUGCAGCUUUUAUUAUAACGGCUGUAAGUUUUUUUAAAGUUAAAACUUUCUUAAUGUAAAAAUGUUUUUUGUAGAAUAGCGUCUUUGGAAUUUAUUGCAACUUUCUGGUUUUCAAAAAUUUUAUCACUAACAAAAAUGAAAGAACAUCAUUUAAUAUGAUAUGUUUCUUCCGAUCCUAUGUGAACAUUCAUAUUUUAUCCACAAUUUUUCUAGAUGUUUUUGUGCCAGCGACAAUUCUGUGAGUUUUAUCUUUUUUUUAUUAUUAGAAAAAAAAACAUCAAAUUUGUUAUUUUUAAAUACAAAAACGAAACAUUCAGCGGAUAUUCGAUUUACAAUCCUGCAAUUGAAUCAUCAAUUAUAUCUUUUGGAAUAACACUAUAUUUUGCCAAUGAUUAUGGUGCACUUGUAGUAGCUCUCAAUCGACUUUUUGCACUUUAUUUUCCGAUGACUUAUUCGAAAGUUUUCGGGAUGAAACCAACGUUUGGUAUUUUAGUGCUGAUUCAUGUUUUCCAGAUUGUUAUUAUUGUUCAAGAGUUGAUUGGAUAUAUUCGUGAGAAACUUAAUAAAAGUUCAUAACAAUUACUAAUUUUUUCAGCCAAAAAAUGUUUUUUAUACUUCAACGUCUCUCAACUUGCCUGGUCACCAACUUUCGAACCUCAAUGUAUAAGUUAUGGAGGGGACUCAACUCUCUAUUACUUUGGCGGAAUAUUUAUAUUAUUAUGUAUUAUUGACACAUUUACAUUGAUAAAAAUCAUCAAUAUUUAUAAAACAGAAACAAUCGUAAGUCGUCAAAAAAUAUCGCAAAAUGCUUAUUUAUUUCUACAAACUUGUGCACAAGAUUCGCUAUUCGUAUUAGAUAUCGUAUUCACUUUCAAGUUAGCGUAAGUUAUUGAUAUUGAAAAAAAUUUUAAAAAACUUUUGUUUAGAAGUCUGAGCAAUGCACGAUUAUGGACAUUCAUUAGUGGAACAGUAGUUUGGCAAUGUCUACAUUCAUUCGAUGGUUAUAUUAUGAUGAUGUUCGGUUUGAGAUCAAGAAAUAAACCAAAACAUCAGAUAACAGCUGUUAUUUCACUUUCAAGAACGACGAGUACAUGA